GCGCGGCCCGGCGCGGGCCGCCCGGGCUCCCCUCGAAGGCUCAAGGCAAUGGCCAGGUCUCCGGGCGACCCCCCUCGCGGGAGCGCUUCCCUGUGCAUCUGACCGCCCUCCAGCCCCUCCAUCCCCUCCCCGUUCCGGGCUCCCCUUUCGCUCCCAGCGCUCUCUCCAGUCUGUCUGUCGGUCUGUCCCGGCGCGCAACCUCCGGCCACCGGCUUGGAUGGACGCGCGCAGGCUGCUCGGGUGUCCAGUGGUCUUGCUUCCGAAGUUGGUCUUGCUCUUUGUCUACGCAGACGAUUGCCUUGCUCAGUGUGGAAAAGAGUGUAGAUCUUACUGCUGUGAUGGGACCACACCCUACUGUUGCUCCUACUAUGCCUAUAUUGGGAAUAUCCUUUCGGGCACAGCAAUUGCUGGCAUAGUGUUUGGAAUUGUAUUCAUCAUGGGGGUCAUUGCUGGAAUUGCCAUAUGUAUCUGCAUGUGCAUGAAAAACAACCGCGGGACCCGGGUGGGCGUCAUCAGGACCACCCACAUCAAUGCCAUCUCCUCCUAUCCUGUGGCACCACCCCCCUAUAGUUACGACCAUGAGCUAGAAUACUGUGCAGACUUGCCUCCUCCGUACUCCGCGACCCCACAGUCUUCAGCACAGCGCUCUCCACCCCCUCCUUAUCCUGGAAAUUCAAGGAAAUAAUCCUUCUCCCAGAAGAGAAUAUGUGCCAGUCAUAGAUCUUGCCCAGAAUAAAAUGCCUCUACUCGGAAACAGAACAUCCCAGAAACAGGAAAAGAUUGCUCUAAGGAAUACUCUAUUGGGCCAGGUACUACGUCAGGUGGAAUGUCCAGGCUAAGAGAUACAGGGCUUCUCCUCUACUCAGAGCUGACCCCAUCUGGAGUAUUAUGCUUGGUUGGACGGAACCACAUUUGAAGAGAUAUUCUGAUCAACGUAAGCACAUUCAGAGAAGAGUAACGAGAUAAGCAAAACAUCUGAAAAUCAUGUUGCUUAAGGAACAGAUGAAGGAAAUUGCAAUAUUGAUCCAGGAAAAGAGAAGAUUUAUGUAAGACAGGAGAAUAGCCUGGAUUACGUAAGAAACAGCUGUAUUCUGUGUGGCUUUAAAAGUCAGAACUAGAAUUGUUCAUUCUUUCGUUGGUCAAUAAAUGGAGAUCAAGUGCCUGAGGGCCUACUCUGUGCCUUACGCUGUGUGACGCACUGGUCGGAAGUUACAAGGGGGAACUUUGGUUUAUGAGAAAGAGCACCUGGAGCUUUCUUACUGACUAGAUUGCUUUGUGAAGCUCCCUGUUACCAAGACUUCAGACAGAACCUGGCUCACUAUCUGGUAGAGACAUGCUCUAGAAGGGAUAGCUAAAUCAAACGGUAGAUGGGUCCAUUAGGCCCCAAAAGUUCUGGUCAUGUCUUAGGUAGAUGUGAAGUGAAUUUCUGUGCCUCCCAGGAUGAAAACAACGGGAAUAGUUGCAUCUUACCUAUUUAAUUUGAGAGUUAAAACAGGAUCAGAGGGACUCACUAGAUGCUUGAAACCAAGAACUCUUCAAUGCUAGCUACUGCCGCCUAAAAAUCAUCUGAUUUAGUGUGUUAUGACCAAGGUCAUUCCAAUUG